CCCUACGUGGGUCCAUAGCAAUGGUGUCACCACCGUAUCUGGGGCCGUAUCUACGGGGAAGGGCUGGGCAAGAGGUCCGAGAAGUGGUCAGAAGGCUGUGUCCAGGAACAGCCGUAGACCACACAGCCAGGCUACCCAGCGUGUGGGCCCAGCAGCCAGGCCGGAACUCUAUCUCCACUUACCAGCUGAGUGGCUGGCAGGAAGUUACUCAGACUGUCGGUCACCCUGCCCGAUCUCCAUCUCCUAUGAGAUGAGUGACUCCCAAGACCCCACCACUUCCCCUGUAGUUACCACCCAGGUAGAGCUGGGGGGCUGCAGCCGGCAAGGUGGGGGCAAUGGGUUCCUCCGUUUUCGCCAGCACCAGGAGGUCCAGGCCUUCCUCAGCCUUCUGGAGGACAGUUUUGUCCAGGAAUUCCUCUCCAAAGACCCCUGCUUCCAGAUUUCAGAUAAGUAUCUCCUGGCCAUGGUGCUGGUCUACUUCCAGCGCGCCCACCUGAAGCUCAGCGAGUACACCCACAGCAGCCUGUUCUUGGCCUUGUACCUUGCAAACGACAUGGAGGAGGACCUGGAGGGACCCAAAUGUGAGAUUUUUCCAUGGGCCCUGGGAAAAGAUUGGUGUUUACGAGUGGGGAAAUUCCUGCACCAGAGGGAUGAGCUUUGGGCACGGAUGGGUUUCCGGGCUGUUGUGAGCCGCCAGUGCUGUGAGGAGGUCAUGGCAAAGGAGCCAUUCCACUGGGCUUGGACUCGGGACCGGCGCCCCCACCAUGGUGGGGUUCAGAGGGUCUGUCCACAGGGCCCUGUUUGCCUUCCCCGGGGCCCUGGCCUCUCGCCACCCCACUGUUCCCCCUGUGGCUUGCCCCAGCACUGCAGCAGCCACCUGCUUAAGCCUGUGUCAUCCAAGUGCCCUUCUCUGACCUCGGAGUGUCAUUGCCCUCCCUCCCAAAAUUAUCUCUCAAGGAUCAAAAACGCCUGGGGUGGGGACUUUCUCAUCGUCUUGCCUCCCCAGAUGCAACUGGAACCAGGCACCUACUCCCUCCGCAUCUUCCCAAAGCCUCCGGCACGCCCUGGGCACUGAAGCCCUGCAGGGUGAAGAACAGCACACCUGCUGGCCCACUGACUGACACACCAUUGGCUGUGCUCCCACCCCUGCCCCUUCCUCCCAGCCUGCAGCUUGUGCCCACUCUGGUCCCGGUCCCCUCUAAUAAAUUCAUGUCCACAGGACACCAACUGUG